CUUUAUCGAAGGAAUUAAAAAAAUUCAUAGAUAAUGCGUCUAAUGGUUUCAUUUAUGUCAGUUUUGGAACAAACGCAAAUCCAUCWACGUUUCCGGAAAAAUUGUUGGAUUCAUUUUUCCAUGUUUUCUCAAAUUUACCGAUGAAGGUUGUAUGGAAACUCAAGGGAAACUUUUCAAAAAUAUCAGAUAAUAUAUAUACUGCAGAAUGGUUUCCGCAACAAAACAUCCUGGCGCAUCCAAAUUUGAAGCUGUUCGUUUAUCAAGGUGGACUUCAAAGUACAGAAGAAGCUAUAAAUUUCGGAGUACCACUUGUAGCAAUACCAAUAUUAUCCGAUCAAGAUAUGAUAGUCAUGAAAAUGGAAAGUUUAGGGGUAUGCAGGAGCGUCGAAAUUUUACAAAUGACUAGAGAAGCUUUAAACGAAGCGAUUAUGGACGUCUUAAAUAACACAAGCUAUAAAGAAAAUAUGUUGAAACUUAAAAAUCUCAUAGAAGAUAAACCAUUUGACACCAUGGAAAACGUCAUUUGGUGGAUAGAAUAUGUUAUUCGUCAUAAGGGAGCAAAUCAUCUCCGUUCUAGCAUCAUAAAUGAACCGUGGUAUCAAAGAUACAACACUGAUGUUAUCGCCCUAUUAUCUAUUAUAUUGUUUAUAAUUGCCGUCCUUAGCCUUUACAUUACUGUUAAAGUAUUCAUAAUUAUUAUAAAAUAUUACGCAACUUUAUUAUCCAAAGAAAAAAAGAAAAAAAAAUUGAGCUAGUUGAAUAAUCGUAACUAAAAAGUGACGGCUGUAUAUAUAUAUAUUUAGAACAGCUUCUAGAUAAGAUAAGUAAAAAAUAAGUUCAUAAGUAGAUAAGAUUAUAGUAAAAAGGAAAACUUACAUACAUAUUACAUAAUUACUUACGUACUUACAUACAUACAGGAUUGUAUUAUUUCACUAAUCAUUAUUUACUCAAUUAGAGAUGUCAUUUUUUUUUUAAUAAUUUUUAUGAAAAUUCUUCUAUCAUACGCAAGUGCAAACGUUAUUUUUUCAUAAAACGAUCUUGAAUCAAAGUAAAAUGUAAGUGAAAUUUCCAUAAUUUUAGACUACUGCCUUGUGUCGUUUUAAAAUGUAAAAAUUAUUGAAAACGAUGUAAGAAUGUAAUGAGUUUAUAGGGUGCAAGUCUUUUUGUAAACUGCGAGUAUCAUUAAAAAGGAAAUAAAAAGGAAAUAUUGUACUGUGCAAUGUAAAUAUUUAAAAAUCAUAAUAAAUCGAAUUCA